UUUUUUUUUUACUUAUUAUUCAAACAACCGGUCCCUUAUUCUUUUAUCCAUGCCGUAUUCAUAUCAUAGUCAUUCUGGUCAAUUUUGUCAUCAUGGUUAUGGUGAAUUGGAACAAGUAGUUCAACAAGCUAUUGAAAAGAAAUUCAAGAUUUAUGGUUUGACAGAACACAUGCCGCGUUUUGAUCAAACUGAAUUGUACCCUGAAGAACUGGAGGCUUCUUGUACACCAGAAACAUUAUUCACCACGUUUGAUGCCUUUGUGACUGAAGCAAAACGAUUAAGGACAAAAUAUAAACAUCAAAUCGAAUUAUUGAUUGGCAGUGAAAUCGAAUAUAUCCAUCCUAACUAUACAACUCAUGUCAAUUCACUCCAACAGCAAUGGACCUUGGAUUAUAUCGUAGGCUCUUUACAUCAUAUUGGUAGUAUCCCUAUUGAUUACUCUCCUGAGCUUUAUCAGCAAGCUCUUCUAUCAUUGGCUCAAAAUGACAUUGUGAUCUUAUUUGAGAAAUAUUUUGAUGAACAAUGGGAAAUGUUAAGUACCGUACAACCUCAAGUGGUGGGUCACUUUGAUUUAGUGCGUAUCUUUGCUACUCAGGAACAAAGUCUAACUGCCUUCAAUGCAACUUCAGUAUGGCGCCGGAUAGAAAGAAAUAUCGAUUAUGUGAUUUCUUAUGGUGGUUUAUUUGAAAUCAACUCAAGGGCAUGGAAGAAAGGUUUACAAGAUGCUUAUCCACAACGUGAUAUUAUCAAGAUGAUUCAGAGCAAAGGUGGAAAGUUUACUUUAUCAGACGAUUGUCAUGGACCAAAUGAUGUUGGCAUGUAUUACGACAAACUAUAUGAUUAUUUGACACAAUUGGAUAUCAAAACCAUUCAUUACCUUUCUUUGGACGACAAUCGACAAUUGAUUACCAAGGAACACUCUCAAAUCUUGGAUGAUCCUUUUUGGCAACUUUAUAGAAAAUAGAAAUAAGAUAAUUAGAUUUCGUAUAAUAAAACCAUAGUGUAAUAUUUGAA